AUGGCUGAAGAAGACGACCUGUUUAAUUCGACAUCUCCACCCGUUGUUGAGUGGACAUGGCGUUCCUUUUCCUGGACCUACUUCGAGGCCCUUCAUCUAGUGUCUGCUGUGAUAGGAAUCAUCGGGAACUUUUUGGUGAUUCAAGUCCUCAAUAGGCGCCGAGCCGCUGAUAGUCGUUCGACGGAUACCCUGAUAGGUGCCCUUGCAGUGGCUGACUUCCUGACGUCGAUUUUCAUCAUUCCUUUGCCCUCGGCAGCGACUGUUCCAACAACUCACCUAGGAAAGCUCUACUGCAAGAUGACACUCCCGGGGUUCUUCCUCUUCGUAUCCUUCACCUCAUCCAUCUACAUCCUAACCACAAUCUCUGUGGAACGGUUCCUGGCCAUCACCUACCCUCUGCGCUUCAAUCAGCUCAUGGUCAAGAAACGGAUCCUUGGUGUCGUCAUCUCCUUAAUCUGGGUCACUUCUAUAGCUGUCUACAUCAUCUUCAUCGCUACAACAAUCAUCGUCGAUCCUGUCAAUCACAGAUGCACAGUCAGCUUUAUAUCUCCAGCCUGGAAAGCAGUCUAUGGCUACUUCAUGUUCAGUUUCCGUCUCUUGUUCCCAUGCAGCGUGAUGCUGGUCACCCAGGUGGCCAUUGUCUGUACCCUGCAGCGAAGUUCUGUUCGUUUCCGGGGCCAGAUGGCCGUGUCGUUCCACGUCAAAGCCCGUAACCGCGUCCUCAAGCUCAUGCUCAUCGUCAUUCUCAUCUACGUCCUCACCUGGGGACCCGGCCAGGUGAGCUUCCUUCUUUACACCAUCGGUGUCUUGCCGCCGUCCUACGUCGGGAGUACCCUCCACACGUCCAUCAUCCUCCUCACGACGUUGAACUCGUGUAUGAACCCCGUGAUCUACAUCGUCUGGUUCGGAGAGUUCCGUGUUGCUUUGAGACAGAUGUUCUCCUGUCAAAAGCAGGAUGCCGCAUCUCCUUUCGGUGAUAAUGUUCUUGAAUCCACGUCGACUACAACAGCUGCACAAAGGUCUGACAGUAAUAUCUAG